AUGGAUUCUAAUUAUAUGAGGUUAGCCCUCAGAUGGCCAGAUGAUUUAAGAGAGAAACUAAAACAAAGUCAUCAACUCUUAAAAGAAUCCUAUCUAGAACCAAGUCAUAAAAUUACCAAACCCAAAAAUACAAAGAUUGGUAAAAAAAUCAAUAUCCCUGGUAUCACUGACACAUCACUCGAAAAUUCAACAGCAACAACUAAGGCAAAGGUCAAUCCAAUUUUCACCUCGACUGAGUUUACAAGAACUACUUUAAAUGAAAGCACCGGGCCAAAGACUUAUGCACAACAGAGUAAAGAAAUUAAAGAGUUGCAAAAGAAAAUAUCCAGACUUUUGCAGCAAAGAGAAUUAGAGAAAACAAAACAACAACAACAACAACAACAACAUGAACUGAAAAAAUGUUUGGAUAUGAAAUACCAAUGGAAAACACCUCACAAAUUCUAUAAGGCAGAAGUAUUAGGUAUUAAGCCAGUCCAUAUAGUAGAAGAUUCCGAUAUUCCAUCGGAUAGUGAAAAAAGAAAGGAAGAAAUCUACAAAGUUUAUAAAUUGAAAAAACCCAUUAAGUCACAGCCAGAACCGGUCAAAUUCCCCAAGAGCGCGAUUCUGGAGAUCAAAAGGAAUGUCGAUCUUGAUUUUUCUAAAUUGAUCAUGGUGGCCAUUGAUCCCAGAGCAAGAACCACGAACACGUUCUAUUUUGGGUAUUUGGUCGGGAACAAAUUGUCGGUUUACUGUCAAUAUUUCCACAACCAUGUUUUAUGCAACUCUAAAAUCACGUUCAAAGAUGCAAAUGAGUUGAAACUUAAAUUGGCACGUCGCUGUAGGAACCAUUUAAUGAGUUCACAUGGUGUGGAAUCUACGGUCGAUAAAGCGAAAUUGCUUGAGACGAUAAAUCCAUUGAAAGUUGACAUGUUGGUACAGAUUCUUUUGUCAAAGAGGAAACUGCCGUGGGAUAACGAAAGAGCAAAGAAAAUUGAAUCAUCCGUUGAUAAAUCUGGCAAUAAAAAGAAAAACAAAGAAGAGGACGAUCAGGAUGGUAAGAAGGGUAUAAUGAAAGAUGUAUCAAUAGAUUUAACAGAUAAGACUAAAAAUUCAUUGUCAAAUGUAGGUAUAUCUAUACGUAGUGAGGAUAAAGUAAAAAAUAAUAAAGAUAUUAUUUCUAACAAUACUGUUCAAAUAGUGAUAAAUGAUAGGAAUCAAUUAAAUGAGAAGAAUGGGAAAAUAAAUCCCAAUCUUAACCUUAACCUUAACCUUAAUCCUAAUCCUAAUCCUAAUCCUAUAGCAAUUAUUCAAGAAAGAAGUUAUUUACAAUUAUCCAGUGGUGGCAAUAAUCAUAUUAAUAAUAUAUCAUUUAAUGAUAAUGGCAAUAAUGGCAAUAAUAAUAAUAUCAUGAAUACUACAAAUACCAUCAUUACCGAUUCUAAUUCUAAUACACACAAUAACACAAAUACUUUUGUUAAUACCCAAGGUGGUAUAAAUAUUAAUAGACUAACGAAUAACGCUACAAUCGAUAACAGUAUCCAUAAUAAUAAUAGUAGCGGUAACAGUGGAGGUAAAAAUAUUCCAGAGACUAACAUAAUAACUAACACAACUGCCAACAUAACCGUUGAUAACAUUUCCAGAAACACCCAGGUUGAUAAAAAUCUAAUAUAUCCUGCAAUAUCAUCAUCUCCAUAUCAGUCAAAUACUUUACAACAAAGAAAUGGCAACUAUCCAGAUUUUCCUAUUAUAGAUGAAAGAGGUUAUCAAAUUAAUACUUUAUUUAAAGGUACUUAA